GAUGAGUAACGAACGAGGCUUCAUAUUAUUCUGGGUCUCAAAGUAGCCUCCUCAGACUUGAUGUUGUCACCAUGGAGAUCAGUCUGUGGUUGCUACUGUUCUGUUGGUCAGCCGUCCUCCCCAAGACACUCUCUCAGCCUCUCACCACGUAUUUGGUGACAGCACCCACAUCUCUGCGUUUGGAUGCGGUGGAGACAGUACUGGUUCAGUUGUUUGGUUUCACCCAGCCAGUGGAGCUUUACGUCAUCCUGAAGAGCACUCAGGGCUCGCAGAGUGUGAAGUACUCGGAAGAAAGAUUGACUCUGAACCAGGCCAACAACUACCAGGCGGCCGCUAAAGUCCAGGUCUUGCCCAAAGAUUUGGUUGAAGGGGCUAGUAAUGUGGUCCUGCUGGUCCAAGGAUCAGGAAUAAACGACCAACGGGUGAUAGACAUCAGUCGGUCCAACGGCUUCAUGUUCAUCCAGACAGACAAGUCUCUUUACACCCCAGAACAGUCGGUCAAAGUCAGAGUGUAUUCUCUGAAUGAAGAAUUGAGACCAGCCAAUCGGAAAGUCAUCCUGACGUUUAAAGACCCAGAGGGGCAGAAGGUGGACAUUUCGGAACUAAUUGAUAAUAACAAUGGAAUCCCCUCGAUGCAAAACCCUUUCAAGAUCCCCCUCAAUCCAAAGCUGGGAGUGUGGAGCAUUGAGGCCACGUACUCCAAAGACUUCGACACCCAAGCCAUAGCUGUAUUUCAAGUGAAAGAAUAUGUUCUGCCCAGUAUUUCUAUCACAGUCAAACCAGAGGAAAACUUCAUCAGCUCUGAUAACUACCGAAGAUUUGCCUUCCAGAUCUCUGCCAGCUAUGUCAAUGGAGUGCCUGUCAGAAAGGGUGUUGUGUUUAUCCGCUAUGGUUUUAUUUCUAACAAGGGGGAGCCGGUGAUAUUCCCCAACUCAUUAACUAGGAAGCUUCUGUCGCCCUUAGGAGUUGUGGAUGUGAAUCAAGACAUUAAGGCUCUCCUGGCUGGCACUGCCCGCUACACGUUGGAGUCACUGAUCAAAAAAUACCUCUACAUUACAGUAUUGGUCCAGGAAGAACAAGGUGGUAUCUCAGAGGAGACCGAAUAUACGGCUGUGAAGUUUGUAAGAUCUCCGUACAGUCUGCACCUGAUCACCACCCCCCGCUUCGUCAAACCAGGGCUCCCCUACAAUAUCAAGGUGCUGGUGAGGGAUCCCACAGGGCAGCCAGUGGCUGGAGUCCCGGUCAACAUAGUGGACAAAUGCAUCGUCCGGGGGUCGCCCACUUCAUGCUACUGCACAGGGAGCGAAGAGAGCCAAUCAGAUGGCUUCAUUGAGCGCAUCUGCAACAUCCCUCCACACACAGCAAUGGCUGUUCUUACGUAUGUGACAGCAGCCCCCGCUCGGUCCGCCGAGGGGCAGGCCAGCUUCAUCCUGGAGGCUCCGGCGUACAAUUCGCCCCAAUCGCGCUACCUCUACAUCCACCAUCCACAGCGGGGAAGCCUCGUCAUCGGACACCACGUUCAUAUCCGGGUCUCUGCCGCCACGGCCAGAAAUGUGCCCUCCUUCAACGUCAACUACAUGGUGCUGUCUAAGGGAAAGGUGGUGACCUUUGGUGUUGUAGAGGGUUCUGGCGUCUCCGGACAGAAUCAGUUUGUGCGGUUUAGGGUUACGCCAGAGAUGACGCCAUCCAUUCGCCUGCUCGUCUAUUACCUCAUCGAAAGAGAAGUAGUGGCGGACUCUUUGUGGAUAGAAGUCGAGGGAAAAUGUGUCAACAGUCUCAAGACUGAGGUUCGCUACAGAAGACGGGAUCAGAGGCCCAAGUCCCACCUCCUGCUGGAUGUGUCAACCAAGCAGGACGGACUUGUUGCUCUCUCUGCUGUGGAUACAGCCAUCUUUCCCCUGCGUCGCAAUCACAAGGACCCUGUCGACAUGGUAUUGAGGCAUAUUGAGCUCAGUGACCAGGGCUGCGGGGCCGGCGGGGGAGGGGAUGCCCAGGGCGUCUUCCAAUUGGCUGGCCUCACCUUACUGACCAAUGCCAUUCACCAAGGGUCACAAAGUGCUGGGACUUGCACAGAAGCGGUACGUGCAAAGAGAUCCCUCACAGAAAAGGAGCAGAAAGCUGUGAUGGGAAGGAAACUCCCAGGUUCGAUUCGGGAAAAGAGAUCCCUCACCGAGGAGCAGAAAAUGGCAAUGGUGGCUGGUCAUGGAAACGUAGGCAGGUGCUGCAGGAGGGGUCUGGACCACAUUCCCAGCCGUGUGACCUGUGAGCAGUUUGCUAUCCAAUCCGUUGGUGAAGGGUACCCACGCUGCAGGAAAGCCUUCCAGGACUGCUGCGAACGCUUGGUGAAAAGCCUCCCAGAAGAUCUCCAUUAUUCUGGACGAGGUCAGGCUGAAUUCUCCCAUUUGGCAGCGCCGCCCCAACCGGCUCCUGUUCUUCGAGCAAAGAGAUCUCUCACAAAUGCCCAGGAAAAUGAAUUGGUGGCUGGUCAUGGAAAAGUAGGCAGGUGCUGCAGGAGGGGUCUGGACCACAUUCCCAGCCGUGUGACCUGUGAGCAGUUUGCUAUCCAAUCCGUUCGUGAAAGGUACCCACGCUGCAGGAAAGCCUUCCAGGACUGCUGCGAACGCUUGUUGAAAAGCCUCCCAGAAGAUCUCCAUUAUUCUCGACCAGGUCAGGCUAAUUUCUCCCAUUUGGCAGCUCGGCCCCAACCGGCUCCUGCUCCUCGAGCAAAGAGAUCUCUCACAGAGGCCCAGGAAAAUGAAUUGGUGGCUGGUCAUGGAAACGUAGGCAGGUGCUGCAGGAGGGGUCUGGACCACAUUCCCAACCGUGUGACCUGUGAGCAGUUUGCUAUCCAAUCCGUUGGUGAAAGGUACCCACGCUGUAGGAAAGCCUUCCAGGACUGCUGCGAACGCUUGGUGAAAAGCCUCCCAGAAGAUCGCCAUUAUUCUCGACCAGGUCAGGCUAAUUUCUCCCAUUUGGCAGCACCACCCCAACCGGCUCCUGUUCCUCGAGCAAAGAGAUCUCUCACAGAGGCCCAGGAAAAUGAAUUGGUGGCUGGUCAUGGAAACGUAGGCAGGUGCUGCAGGAGGGGUCUGGACCACAUUCCCAACCGUGUGGCCUGUGAGCAGUUUGCUAUCCAAUCCGUUGGUGAAGGGUACCCACGCUGCAGGAAAGCCUUCCAGGACUGCUGCGAACGCUUGGUGAAAAGCCUCCUAGAAGAUCCCUAUUUUUCCGCACUAGAUAUAGGUCAGGAUGAAUUCUUCCAUUUGGCAGCGCCGCCCCAACCGGCUCCUGUUCCUCGAGCAAAGAGAUCUCUCACAAAGGCCCAGGAAAAUGAAUUGGUGGCUGGUCAUGGAAAAGUAGGCAGGUGCUGCAGGAGGGGUCUGGACCACAUUCCCAGCCGUGUGACCUGUGAGCAGUUUGCUAUCCAAUCCGUUCGUGAAAGGUACCCACGCUGCAGGAAAGCCUUCCAGGACUGCUGCGAACGCUUGGUGAAAAGCCUCCCAGAAGAUCUCCAUCAUUCCAGAGGAGCUCCGGCCCAACCGGCUCCUGCUCCUCGCGCAAAGAGAUCUCUCACAGAGGCCCAGGAAAAUGAAUUGGUGGCUGGUCAUGGAAACGUAGGCAGGUGCUGCAGGAGGGGUCUGGACCACAUUCCCAGCCGUGUGACCUGUGAGCAGUUUGCUAUCCAAUCCGUUGGUGAAGGGUACCCACGCUGCAGGAAAGCCUUCCAGGACUGCUGCGAACGCUUGGUGAAAAGCCUCCCAGAAGAUCUCCAUUAUUCCGGAGGUCAGGCUAAUUUCUCCCAUUUGGCAGCUCGGCCCCAACCGGCUCCUGUUCCUCGAGCAAUGAGAUCUCUCACAGAGGCCCAGGAAAAUGAAUUGGUGGCUGGUCAUGGAAACAUAGGCAGGUGCUGCAGGAGGGGUCUGGACCACAUUCCCAGAAGUGUGACCUGUGAGCAGUUUGCUAUCCAAUCCGUUGGUGAAGGGUACCCAAGCUGUAGGAAAGCCUUCCAGGACUGCUGCGAACGCUUGGUGAAAAGCCUCCCAGAAGAUCUCCAUUAUUUUGGACUAGAAAUAGGUCAGGCUGAAUUCUCCCAUUUGGCAGCUCCGGCCCAACCGGCUCCUGUUCCUCGAGCAAAGAGAUCUCUCACAGAGGCCCAGGAAAAUGAAUUGGUGGCUGGUCAUGGAAACGUAGGCAAGUGCUGCAGGAGGGGUCUGGGCUACAUUCCCAACAGUGUGACCUGUGAGCAGUUUGCUAUCCAUUCAAUUCGUCAAGCGUUCCCGAGCUGCAGGAAAGCCUUCCAGGACUGCUGCGAACGCAGCUUGGCACACAUCACAGGAGAUUUCCAAUAUUCCCGACCAGGUAUCCGCCCAGGUUUGGUUCGGGCAAAGAGAUCUCUCACAGAGGCCCAGAAAAAUGAAUUGGUGGCUGGGCAUGGAAACGUUGGCAGGUGCUGCAGGAGGGGUCUGGGCUACCUUCCCAGCAGUGUGACCUGUGAGCAGUUUGCUAUCCAAUCAAUUCGUAAAACGUACCCGCGCUGCAGGAAAGCCUUCCAGGACUGCUGCGAACGCAGCUUGGAAAGCCUCCCAGAAUAUCUCCAAUAUUCCCGAGAUAUGGGCUCUGACUUGGACAUGGCCCCUUCAGUCAGAAGCUACUUCCCAGAGAGCUGGCUGUGGGAGGUCCAGCCCGUCAGAGACCACCUAUUGUCAGUGAACAUGAGUCUACCAGACUCUCUCACCACCUGGCAGAUCACUGCUGUUGGAAUGUUCCAGAAUGGUAUCUGUGUUCAGGAUCCUGUGCAGGUAUCAGUCAGUCUUCCGGUUAGUGUCAACAUUCCUCUGCCCUACCAGCUGGUCCGAGGAGAACAGCUCGACCUGCUGGGCUCCGUUUAUAAUGAGAACAUUGAACCCAUACAGUAUUGUGUAACUCUGACGGUUGGUCCAGAGUUCUGCUUGCUCCACUCACAAUCCGAUGGGGACAGUGGCCUGCGAACCACAGCUUGCGUGUGGACCCAUCUCUCUGGUUCUGGAGUGGGGAAAGGGGGCCCCUUCACCCUGCUGGGUCUAAAGCCUGGGGAGCACACCUUGAUAUUCACCCUGAGGACCAGGGACAGACCAGGGGCCCCAAGAGACAUCGUGAAGAAGAAGCUCCGUGUGGUGCCUGAAGGUGUUAGAAAGGAGACCUCCUCUGUAGGAACUCUGGACCCUCAAGGCAUAUAUGGCUCGGAGAAGAUAAAAGUGCUGCUUAAGAAUAGACCUCCUCCCGACCUGGUCCCUGACUCGUCUGUUGAGCGCUCCCUCUCCUUCAAUGGGGUGAUCAUGGGUAAGAUGCUGUCUGUGAUACUGGAGCCAGAAGGGUUGGGGAAGCUCAUCCGUCGGCCCUUGGGAUCUGCAGAAGCUGGGCUGGAUGGGCUGCUCCCCCUCAUCCAUGUGUACAGGUACCUGGAGUGGAACGACCGCUGGAAUGUUCUGGGGGAGGACGUCCGGGCCAACAUAUUUAACCUAAAGACAAGGAUCAAAGAGGGUGUGGUCAAUAUGUUGUCCUUCAGAGUCAAGGAUAAUCCGUCUUCUUACAGCUUGUGGAUGAAAGGAAAGCCAAGCACACGGUUGACCGCCAAGGUGGUCCAUACAUUGGCUCUGCUAAAGGAUGUGAUCAAGGUGGACUAUACAUCUGUAGGAUUGUCUGUGGACUGGCUCAUCAACGCCCAGAAUGGAGAUGGCUCCUUUAGAGAGCUGGCCUUGGAUUCCAAAAGAGUGACGGCAGAUCCCGAGGAACACUCUGUCUACUUGACAUCCUUUGUGCUGAUCAGCUUGAAGAGGGCCACACAAAUUAAACACUCGGCUUUGCAGCAACAAUCCCAGCGUGACGCUAUGACGCAAGCUGUACUCUACAUUUCCCAGCAUGUCAUGGAUGUGAAGAGUUUGUAUGUGCGUGCAGUUGCAACUUAUGCCCUCACAUAUCAUAACAUCGACAAUGAAAUGGCCACGACGCUGUUCGAGAACCUCGAGGGUCUGGCCCGACAGAAAGUGGGUACCAUGGAACUGAGAUAUUGGCAGGAAUCCAAUGUGGCUGAGUGGCAGCAGCCUGACCAAUCAAGUGGCCUGAUGGUGGCGACCACCGCCUAUGUCAUGCUCACCUCUGUGUUCAAGGGGAGGUUAUACUACGUCAAGCCCAUCGUCAACUGGCUGACCCAGGACCAGCACUAUGGAGGAGGCUUUUAUUCCACCGAGGACAUGGUGUUAACCCUGGAAGCCAUUACGGAGUACAGCCUGAAGUUAACCCGGUCCGAACUCAACCAGGACAUCGUUGUCUCGGGGAAGGACAUUAAGGCUCUCGUAAAACUCAGGGAAAACCUACCCAUGGUCCCGCCCGUACAGGUGCAUACCUACGGUGACAUCACGGUGUCAACAGGAUAUGGGAACGGUGUCUCUCAUGUCGAGCUCAAAACCGUAUAUUACCAGACCACGGUAUCCCUUAAGGAAUGUAACUUUGACUUCAAUAUAGAACUAACCAAAAAAAGUACCAGAACCCGGUAUCAUUCCCUAACAGCCUGUGUCAAAUACAGGCCCCCACCAAACGAGGUUGAGCCAGAGUCGGGCCUGACUGUGUUGGAGAUUCAUCUUCCAACAGGAGUUCAACCAAACCUUAAUGAACUCGAACCAUUUAAGAACGGUGAUAUUCCUGCCAUCUUGAGUUAUAAAAUGAGAGGAAACGUGGUCAUCAUCGAGAUGGAAUAUGUACCGUCUGAUAUCUUCCGGUGUAUAGGGUUCCGGGUCCGUGCAGAGUUUAACGUGGUGGCAGCGGCAAAGUCCAUCUUCAGAGUGUUUGAGAGCGAGGUUCAAGGCAGUGUGUGUGAAAAACAAUUUUCGUUUGCUGAGGAGGAUCUACAGCGACUGUGUUUUGGGAAGGAGUGUCAGUGCAUGAAAGCCGCUUGCGCCACAUAUAGAGGAAACAGCACCGCCCUUACAGCAGAAGAACGCAUCCUGGAGACCUGCUAUGAUCAUAUACAAUAUGCGUACAAGGUAAAGAUUAAGUCUGCAGUGGCUGAAGGGGACUUUAUGACCUACACGGCCAUCGUAGUCCUAGUCCUGAAACAAAAGGACCAAGCGUUUGAGGGUGUUAGGCCAGGCGUUGAGGUGGCCCUGGUGAAGAAGGCCACCUGCAGCUGGGUGGAGCUUCAUAAGGACGCCCAUUUCAUAGUGCAGGGCUCCCGUGGCUCAGAGCUCCUCUCCUAUGACAACGUCAGGUACCGUUUUCCUCUGGACUUGGAUGCUGUUCUUGAGCUGUUGCCAGAUUGUGGUCCUACUGGCUGCAUGGACUCUGAACUGAAUCAAUAUGAAGAGGACCUCCAGAUUUUUGGCUGUGGCUAACCAGCCCUGUUAUGAAUAGGAUUAAUUCCUUUUUAAUAAUGAGCAUAUUUGUUUUCUUCCUCAAGUAAUUUUUUUGCAGGCAAUACAUGCAGUAUUUUCAUAGAUUUAACAUGGUAACAACAAGCAAAAACAAUCCGAAAUUCUCUCUCGCUCGAUUGAUCAAAAACAAACGUGUGUGUGUGUGUGUGUGUAAAGUGUGUGUUGUAGGUGAUUAUUUUAAUUAAUUAUUUGAGGAGCUUUUCAUUCAAUUAUCAACUGGGAUCAACACAACCUAUUGUUGGAAAUAUGGGUAAAAGUUGCAGACAGAAUUUCCUUUCGGAGAUUAAUUUAAGUGUGUUAUUUUAAAUAUACCAAACAGUCAGCUUUCCCAACUAAAUAAAUAAAUAAUCUGAUACAAUUGCA